AUGAAGCAAAAUGGGGGUCGACUAUAUUCUCUUGUAAGAGGCGUCUCUACUACCAAUCUCUUUUCUACAUCUGCUAAUUCUAAGUGCGCAAGUAGUCAUUGCACUUACACUAUUCCUGCUGCAUCGGCACUGACAGUGAUCUACUACCCAUUCUUCGCCGCGCAAGACUGUUGCAAAAUAUGCAUUCUGAUUACGAUUGCCAUUCUUGCAACAAUCCCCUGGGAUUCCUACCUGAUACGGUCUGCUAUCUGGACGUAUCCGCCCGACGCAGUAGUCGGUCCCAAGAUACUCGAUAUUCCUAUUGAGGAGGUUUUCUUUUUUGCCAUACAAACCUACAUCACGAGUGUGGCAUAUUGUAUCUUCACGAAGCCACUUGUGCGACCCAUGUAUCUUCGGCCGCAUCCGGAGAGACGUAGAACAAGAAAUGUGGUUGCAUUUGUCAUAUUAACUUUGAUGGGUGGUGGAACAACGUGCCUGCUGUUGGGACGGCAUAUGACUUACCUGGGCCUGAUCCUUGUGUGGGUCAGUCCAAUCUUGCUAUUCCAGUGGAUGUUGUCCCAUCCGUUUCUUAUUGGACUUCCCGCAAAACCCACAAUCGCCGCGAUCUGCCUCCCUACGCUAUAUUUACGGGUUGCGGAUUCCCGUGCUAUGGAAUCUGGGACUUGGAGGAUAGAGAGUGGCACAAAAUUGGAUUAUCGUAUCGGUGGGCUAGAAGUUGAGUCAUCUAACAGUAACAGAGAGGCACUCUUUUUCCUGGUCACAAAUAUGAUGAUUGUGUUAGGACUAGUUGGGAUUGAUUACGCAUAUGCACUCCAAGAAUACAAAUCCCUAUCACGGCCAGCAGCAGACAAGGGCACCAUGCUCAGGACAGCUCUGUCGUUAUUGUGCAGUCUGCCGUCUAUAGACGAAUCCCUAUCUGCAUUGUCCCAGGCUGUGUAUUGUCUGCAAGAGAAGAGUCAGAGCAUGUUUCUCGGCAGCGCAUUAUUUCAGGGUCAGCUACGCAUUGAUCUCAUAUUCUUGUACUCCUUCUGCCGCGUCAUGGAUGAUCUCAUUGACGAAGCUGAAGAUGAUCAGGAAGCCAAGACUUGGAUCACAGAGUGCAGAUACCUCCUAGACUUAAGCCAUCGCGGUCGACUACCGCAUGACGCUUGUCAUGCUUCUAAACAAGGGGGAAAAUAUCAGAGGCUGUACCAAUCGAUCAGCUACCUUCCACUCUCCCGCUUAACUGAGAAUUUCUUCUAUGAUUUGCUGAGAGGGUUCGAGACCGACUUGGCAUUCGAUCCUAAGAAAGGAGGUUUCCCGAUCAAAUCGGACACUUGCCUUGAUCAGUACGCAGGUUUUGUAGCUGGCGCGGUGGGUGCAUUAGUUCUCGAUCUUGUCCUAUUUUAUCAUGGCCACGACAAUACGGAAGAUGUGCCGCUGUUGAAACGGGCGGCGAAGGAGAUGGGCAAAGCCAUGCAGUGUGUCAACAUUGCACGUGAUAUCCAUCGCGACGCAGAAAUUGGACGAGUAUAUAUUCCUACAACGUGGCUGGAUGAAGUAGGCCUGACUCCAGGAGAUGUAUUAGAGCGUCCUAAUAUCCCAAUCAUGUAUGGCCUGCAGGAGAGAAUGCUGCAGAAAGCAGAUGGAUAUUAUCAGGUCAGCCGAGAGGCAAUUGAGGAGCUACCUCGUGGUGUAAGAGGGCCACUUCGGGCAACCGUGGAAAGCUACAUGGAUAUUGGACGGCUGCUAAGGGAGCAGAAAGGCACAAGCCUGGCGCGAGCGUCGAAGAUGAGGGUACCUUUGAUGCGACGGCUAAAAGUUGGUUGGCUGGCAAUGUUGUAA